AUGAGGAAUCCUUUGGUGCUCAGGAGUUUGAAAAACAAGAUUCUCGAAAAGACUAAGAGUAGGAAGCAGAUGGCCUGUACUGUCGAUACCCCAAGGCCUUGGCGGUCUCCUAGGAUUGUUUCGAAUGGCAGCAAAGAACCUCUGACGGAAUGGCCUUCCUCGUUCAACAAGGGGUUACUUCCUCCGCAUCCGACAGACGUCCAGAGGUUCGUGAUUCCGUAUAUCCUGGCAGGAGAGGGCGUUGAUGUUAUUUCCGAGACCGGAAGCGGGAAGACCCUUUCCUACGUACUGCCACACAUCCAUCUUCUUGAAAGCGGAGACAAAAGACUACUGGUCAUUGUUCCCACAAGGGAGCUAGUUUCACAGGUAGGUCAAGUAUUCAGAAAGUUUUCGGAAGGCCUCCUUAGGAUUGUGGAAAUAACGGGGGAGGUAAGCAUAGAGUCGCAACGUCUCCAGGUUUCAAGGCCAUUUGAUGUGGCCAUUUCCACGCCCGGAAGGCUGAGAGAGCUUCUGGAAUUAAAGAGCAUUGGAGGCUUCGAAUAUGUUGUUGUCGAUGAGGCCGAUAGACUGAUGCAGCACGACAUCAGGAGCGACGUGACUUUUAUACUAGAAAGGAUGAAGCCAGAGGUCGCCAGCUUUUUUUCUGCAACGCCUUUUGAAUGGUCUGGGGGGACAAGGAUUUUGGUUGGAAACGUUUCUGUUGGCCGAGAUGUGGAGGAAUUCUUUAUGUACGUUGAGAAGAAAGAAAAGAUGCAGGUUCUUGGGGAGAUUCUAGUUUCUUGUGAGGGCUGGCUCGCAAAGAACAUGGGUGUGGAUAGGAAUGGCUUAGAAGUAAAAAAAAUAAUUGUGUUCUGCAACAGCAUCAGGACGUGUGAAAAUCUUCACAAGAGGUUCAGGCAGUUGCUAGUACUUCACUCAAGAAGGACCAUGCAGGAGAGGAAGGCUGUCAUCGAAGCAUUAGAGGGAGAAAGAGCAGUCUUGAUAGCUACCGAUUUAGGGGGAAGAGGCAUUGAUAUAAAGGAUGUGGAUCUGGUAGUAAACUAUGAUCUUCCCCGGGCCGUUGAUGGCUAUGUACAUAGGUGCGGGAGAACUGGAAGGCAAAGAAAGGGAAUGGCUCUGUCAAUGAUAUGUCGAGAGGACAGGGAAAUACUCCCCAAGCUCAAAAGACUUGUUGAGAAGAGGGGGGGUACUGUGCCUGGGUUUAUGAAUGUAAAGGAGGAUGUAAUAUUGGACUGA